AUGCUUUUCCGCCCCAAUUUCAGUUGUGCGUGGGUCGACUUUGUAGCGGCUCCCGGAGUUGCUGCGGCGUGGCUCUCGUGUCGGCUCAGGUUGGGGUCGUUGUGCGGUUUUUUUCCUCCUCCGGCCUUGUGCCCGGACGGGAGGCCUCCCUUUGGCCACCUUAUUGUUGUUCUGGAUUCUACUCGCUUCUUCUGUGAUGGUGGUUUCAACUUAUCCAACCUUCAGGAUUCUUUUGUAUUGCCCUGUUACGGGUUACUGGAGAUCUGUCCAAGGAGUUGUGCACUCAAUUUCAACAUUCACACUACUAAGUACUAA